ACCUCUGCAAACCCAGAUCUAGGUUCUCUCUGAAACUUCAUCUUCUUCCUCCUUUCCUCAUCCCUGCUCAUCCUUCCUCUUUCUUCUCCUUAUUCUUUCUCUCUCUCUCUUCUCCCUUAUUCUUCUUCUCCAGAUCUGGGUUUUUCUCAAACAUCGCACUCAAAUUUUGCUCCAAGUGCUAUUUAACUAGAACCUUCCUUUCCUCCCGACCCCCUAUAUUUGUACCCAUGGGUAUGAGUGCUGAGGAAAAGAAAUCUCACAAGAAGAAAGUCCAAAAGUGGGAGAAAGAUGAAUAUAGCUGCCACAACUCUUUACUUAAUUGCCUUCCUGAUGAGCUUUAUAAUUACUAUGAAAGAACUUACUCCACUGCCAAGGAAACUUGGGAUGCUUUGCAGAAAAAAUAUGACACUGAAGAGGCUGGUGCAAAGAUCUAUGCUAGUAGCCGAUGGCUGCGCUUCCAAAUGGUGGAUGACAAGUCGGUGGUGUCACAAAUUCGAGAGUUACAAAUGCUUGCUCAUGAGUUCCAGUCUAAAGGCAUACGAAUUGAUGACAAUCUCAAAGUUGUAGCCAUUAUUGACAAGUUGCCGCCUUCAUGGAAGGAGUUCCAAAAGAUGAUGCGUCACAAACAAAAGGAGAUCAUCGUGGAAAAUCUUUUAACUCGUAUUCGAGUUGAAGAAGAGGCAAGGAAUCAAGAUGCUCGAACUACAAAUGGAGGCAACACAUCAAAGGCUAUAAGCCAAAUCUUAGCUAUCUCAAAGCUUGGGGAUGCUUGGCUUAUGUAAGAUUGACAGAUACAAAAAGAUCAAAGUUGGGUGCAAAAGCUGCGACAUGUGUAUUUAUUGGCUAUGCAACUACAAGUAAGGCAUAUAGAUUCCUUGAUCUUGAUUCUAAUGUUGCUAUUGAAUCUGUAGAUGCUAUAUUUCAUGAAGAUAAAUUUCCUUUUAAACU